UUCAGUUCUGUUUUUAUCUUUUGGCCAUAAAUCCUUGGUGGCAUAUACCAUUGAUAGCAUGUCAGCUAUUCUUAUUCUGAAUCAAUUAUGACACCAAGAAGCCACUCACGUAGGCUUCUCCUCACACUUGAUUUUGCCUUUAGAAUUCAUUAUACAUUAAUUUCCAAACAUGCACUAAUUGGCAAAAUUAGUAUACCUGUCCUUUCAACAUUGCCUCAUGUUCAUUUUCCUGAGAUCUCUUCAACUCUAAGCUUUCUGGCCAAACUUUCUUCAUAUUGAGUUAACCAAAGCAUAGGCACUUUCAUCUCUUCUUCACAUCCUAGAAAUCAUGUCUCAAACCAAAUCUUAUGCUGACAUUCCCAUUGUAGACAUUUCUCAACCACUUCAGUCACCUUCUAUGUCCUCUCUCUCUAAAGCAUGCAAAGAUUGGGGGUUUUUCCACAUAAUCAACCAUGGAAUCUCAAAAGAUAUUGGCAGCCAGCUCCAGUCACAAUCCAAACAACUCUUCAACCUCCCAUCUGAUACUAAACUUCAACUUGGUCCUUUUUCAUCUCUAAAAUCCUACACCCCUCACUUCAUUGCCUCUCCAUUCUUUGAGAGCCUCAGAGUUGAUGGACCUAACUUUUAUGCUUCUGCCAAGAGUUCUGCAGAAACUCUCCUUUACAAACAGGAUUCCAAAUUCAGUGAGAUAUUGCAAGAAUAUGGAAGUCAGAUGGAAGAUUUGUCUAGGAAAAUUCUAAAGCUUGUGUUGAUGAGCUUAGGGGAAGGCAUUGAGAAGAAGUUUUAUGAUUCUGAAUUCAAGAAGUGCCAUGGUUACUUGAGGAUAAACAAUUACUCUGCUCCUUCAGAAAUUAUGAAAGAUCAAGUUGAGGGGCUUGGGCUGCAUACUGAUAUGAGUUGCAUUACUAUCUUAUAUCAAGAUGAAAUCGGAGGGCUUCAAGUGAGAUCAAAUGAGGGAGAGUGGAUAGACAUGUUUCCAUCUGAGGGGACCCUAGUGGUGAACAUAGGGGACAUACUUCAAGCUUGGAGCAAUGACAAAUUAAGAUCCUCAGAACAUAGAGUUGUUUUGAAGCAUCCUGUGAGCAGGUUUUCUCUAGCAUUCUUCUGGUGUGUUGAGGAUGACAAAGUGAUUCUGGCACCAGAUGAUGUUAUUGGAGAAGGAAAUAAAAUGAAGUAUAAACCAUUUGUUUGCUUGGACUAUUUGAAAUUUAGAGAGAAUAAUGAGAAAGGAAGAUUUGAAAAGGUGGGUUUCACAGUCAGAGAUUUUGCUGGAAUAAAAGCUCACCUGUGAGAGUGUGUUUGGAUAUCAAUAUAGUGAAACGUGAACGGACUAUUAUCUCAAUCUAUGAGAAGAGUUCGUUUACCUUUUCUUUGUUUCGAAAUAAGUGUUAACAUUUGUUUACACUGGUCACCCUAGGUAUCCAAACAUAGCCUGUGAAUAUCUGUUCAUUCACCAUCCAUGUGAAUGCCUCAGAUAAGAAUUUAUGCUUUCUGCAUAUGGCUUGCUUUUAUGGUGCUCUCUAAGUUGUUAAACUGGUAUAUAAGAUAAAUAGACUUCUCUGGUAUUCAAAUGUGUUGUAUUUUCCACUGUUCUCAUUGUGAAAUGUAUGAGAGAAAAGAAAUGUAAGGUUUAGAUUAGUUAGGGAAAACUUAAUUCAGAUUUUAGUAGUAUUGCAUGAAAGUUUACUGUGUUCUAUUCCGAGGCUGG